AAAGACGGAUAAUUAUGCCAGCCGCUUCGAAUGCCAGAACUUUAAAAAGUCACAGCUGAAUUUUCCGCUGAUUUUUCCCGUUUCCCGCGAAGCUGAAAGUCGCGCUGCCGGCGUCGCUGACGACGUCGACGUCGUCGAUCCCAUUUCACGCGUCGCCGCUUCGUCUCGCCGUCUCGCUCACCCCUCCCCGUGUCCCGCUCACUUGCGACUCGACGCCCCCAUCUCCCCCUCACCCCCAUCUCUCUCUCUCUGCAAACCCCCCUGCGGCACCCUGUCUUGCAGCCGUUUUAAACAACUUAAAAAAAGAAGUUCCAAAGAAAUAGAUUGAGAAAGAGAGACAGAGAGAGAGAAAGAGUGGAGCCAACUGUAGUAACGUCAUCCAAAAAAAACGGCAAAACAAAAACAACAACAAAAUCGGAGCGACAUAACAACAUCAUCAUUCAACAACAACAACAACAACCGCAACCGAACGCAUUUCAUUUCCAACUCCAACACCAACAACAACAACCGAAGAAAACGGUCAUCGACAUUACAACAACAACAACGUUAACAUUGCAACAUUAGCAAAAAGAGCAAAACAACAACAAAAUAGCAAUAUCGAAAGACUGCAACAACAAAAUAGCGAGAGAAACCAACAACAAAAACAGCAAAUAGGAAAAUGCCCAAAUGCGAUGUGAAAACGCGCUACAUUCCUGCGACUUUCGCCUGGAUUGUGCUGCUUUUAACCACAUUUCUCUUCUUCUUUUACCCCUGCCAGUACUAUGUGAAAAGCCAUCCAUGGGUGCUGGCCUACCAGGGCGUCAUCACAUUCUUCGUGCUGGCCAAUUUCACGCUGGCCACCUUCAUGGACCCGGGCAUCAUCCCCAAAGCCUCGCCCGACGAAGACUGCGAGGAGGAGCUACGCGCCCCGCUCUACAAGAAUGCCGAGAUCAACGGCAUCACCGUCAAGAUGAAGUGGUGCGUCACCUGCAAGUUCUACCGCCCGCCACGCUGCUCCCACUGUUCUGUCUGCAAUCAUUGCAUAGAGACCUUUGAUCAUCAUUGUCCGUGGGUCAACAAUUGCAUUGGCAGGCGAAACUAUAGAUUCUUUUUCUUCUUCCUCGUCUCACUCUCCAUACACAUGUUGAGCAUAUUCUCACUGUGUCUGGUCUAUGUGCUGAAGAUAAUGCCCAAUAUCAAGGACACGGCGCCCAUUGUUGCCAUGAUCCUAAUGGGCCUGGUGACUAUAUUGGCCAUACCCAUCUUCGGUCUGACCGGCUUUCACAUGGUGCUAGUGUCACGGGGUCGAACGACCAAUGAACAGGUCACUGGAAAGUUCAAGGGCGGCUAUAAUCCGUUCUCGCGCGGUUGCUGGCACAACUGCUGCUACACACAGUUCGGACCGCAGUAUCCCAGUUUGCUGAACCCGAAGAAGUACACCUCGCGGCGGUCGCAGACGCAGAGUACACCGAUUAGCACGAUCUGCAACGAUCGGAGCAACCAGCAAACGGGCGCCGGAGCGGGCGGUAAUGGUACCGCUGCCGUAACCGGCGGACAGGGCGGCGGCGGAAAUGGAGCCGGCGGUGGCGGUAUGCGAGGCACUGCGGUGCAAUAUUCGCCACGCUCCCUCUACGACGCGAGUCGCGAGAAGCGCGGAAUUCAGGUAAAGACAUAUAUGGCCGAGGGCAAUGGUUAUAAUCAACGGUCGGGCAGCACAACGCUUUACAGUAAGCUCUCGCCGGGACGUGAGUGCUCCGACACGGACCUGGAACCGCCACCCGCCUCCCAGAGCCAAGACUGUGAACCGACGCCGCCGCUGCAGCGCCACAAUUCGACCAGUUUCUACCUGCCGCAGGUUAGCGAUUCCGGCGGACUAAAUGGCAGUAUUUCCACGGGCGGAGGAGCCGGCGGUGGUGGUGGUGGUGGUGGCGGCGGUGGUGGAGGCGACUCCCCGCGUCACAUACGGCUCUACCAUCCGCGUCACAGUCCGCACGCGAGGCCCAGGGGUCUGGAUCCGCAGCGUGGCUAUACGAGCGAUGCCCUUUCGCCGGAUCAUCCUGUUCCCGUUGGCUACAGUGUCGUCGGUGUCAAUGGAUCGCAGCAGCAGCAGCAGCAACAGGCUUUGGCAGCGGCAGCAGCAGCGGCGGCGGUGGCAGCACAAAAUCAACGCAGCGCCGCGACCACAGCCACGCCUACCAUGCAGCAAAGGAUCAAGCCGCUGGGAGUGGCCACGCCCCUGGUGAUGGCGAGUCCAGUGCGAAGAUCGAACCCGGGCACGCCCACCCAGCCGAGACGUCCCGACUUUAUCGGUCUCAAUGCCCAGGCGGUGGCCCAGCAGCAGCAACAGGUGGCAGCGGCAGCGGCGGCGGCCUACUAUGAAUACACAACCGGCCUGCCGCCGCAGCAUCCGCAGGCGCCCAGCAUUCAGCAGCAGCAGCAGCAAUUGCUCUUCCAGCAGCAGCGCGUUCUCAUGCAGCAUCAGCAGCAGCAGCAAGCUCUGCAACAGCAACAGCAGCAGCAGGCAGUGGCGGUACAUGCAGCGCAUCCGCAGCACGCCGCUCUGGCACAGGCCGCUUAUGGCGGCAGUCCGCAGCGGCGCUUCCUCUCCGAGGGUGAACUGGUCCGCCAGGGAGCCGGCGGCGGUGGUGUUGCCGGUGGCGGUGAACUGUCCUAUGCGAGGUCUAACAACACGGUGGAUAACAUACGAGAGCUGGCCGGUAGUCCGCAGCGUGGCGUCUACAUGUGGAAGGACACAUCGCCCGGAUUUACCAGCUCCGCUGGACAGCAACAGCAGCAACAGGUGGUCAGCAGCAGCGGCAUUGGCAGUAGUGCUGGCACGCUGUCGAGCAGUGGAACCUCCGCCGGUGGCGUUAUGCCGCAUGCCCAGUACAUAACGGCGGGUGGUGGUGCCCAUCCACUGAUUAUGACGCACUCGCGCCUGCAGGACUACGCCAUCCAGCAGCAGCAACAGCAACAGCAGCAGCAGCAGCAACAACAGGCUGCAGCGGCGGCAGCAGCAGCAGCAGCGGCGGCAGCCUCAUAUCAUCGCUCCAAUCCGACGAGUCCCACCACCAUGCCACAAGUGUCGGGAGCGGGACAGAGCUACAUAAUGCGCUACGGCGGUGGAGCUGGAACGGCAGGCAGCAGUGGCAGCUUGGCUAGCGUGACAGGCAGUAGUAAUCCAUCCACGGGAGGAGGCGUUGGCGGUGGCGGAGGAGGAGGAGGAGGAGGAUAUCAACCCGCUCUACGCGGCGGUGUGGCUGUGUUUCCACCCAAUCCCAAUUCGGGGGUUGGUAAUCUUCAGACGCAACCCUCGCCACAGAUCAAGCGAAAACAGACGCCAACGCGUCCCAUGAGCUUUGUGCGAGCCCUGGAGAUGACCGACUCCAUGGAGAUGCAAUCGCUGGAACAGCAACAGCAGCAGAACGGUGGAGUGGCAAGCAAUCAGCAGGCGGCGGGCCUAAUGCAGAACAACUCCAACUCGAACUCAGGUACGCCGGAUAGGGCCAGCAUCUAUGACAUGAACUAUGAGAUCUCUGUAUAACCCGUGGUGGUGCC